CUGGUUUUCUACUGAACUCACAAGUUCAUUACCUCACUAUCACUUUGUCUAAACAGGAACGAUGAUCACACUCUUUGUCGCGCUUUACUCUCUUUUUUCUCUCUGCACAGCUGUAACAACUUCUGACAUCAAGGAGCUUCAUGUGAAAACAGUAAAGCGUGGAGAAAAUGUAACUAUGGAGUGUAGCAUGAGCAAGGACAAAAACAAAUAUAAUUUAGUUUGGUACAGACAGAGUUUUGGAAAAGUGCCUCAGUAUUGUGUAAGACAUUACAGCUCUAAUAGUGGCUACAGAUUUGCAGAGGGAUUUAAAGAUAGCCGCUUCAGUAUGACUGUAAAUGACCAGAAGUUUGAUCUCAACAUUAUCGGAACGAGAGAAGAUGAUGGAGGAGAAUAUUUCUGUGGAGAAGUGGAGGGACCUAUGCUAAAGUUCAUAUCUGGAACACGUCUGCAAUUUGAAGGUGAAGAGAUGAAACACUGUCCUACACCUGGAACGGUUAACAACAACACAGAUUCUGUUACAGGGUCCAAUGAGGGUUCAAAGAGCAGUGAUGGAGAAGGAGACACCUUUUGGAUUAUUGUCUUAACAGCCUUCAUUAUAAUAUCUCUUAUUGUAAUCAUAUUUCUGCUUGGAGUUUUAUCUAAAAAUCAGAGAAAAGGUGCUUCAUCAAGAAUCCAUCAAACUCCCACCAAUCAGGCUGAUGAUGAAGAUGUCUUGAACUAUGCAGCUGUGCGUUUUGCUUGUAAUUGUUCACCCAUUGUGAAGACGACUGUGUCGUAUUUUAUUCUGAGAGACUGAAACAUUUUUAUUGCCGUAAGUGUUAAUGCCGUUUCCAUGGUGACUCCUAAUAUUAUUCAUCUACUGGUUUGCUUCACUUGAUGGAUGUAGCGAUGGAUCCUGCUGGUUUUGUUUUGUUUUCUUUAAUGAAAGUCUUAUAUUUGGCAUGUUUUCUCAGCAUUUUCUCUUGCACAUGAUUUUAGAAUGUAAAAGAACAUUUCGUUUGAUUCUGAAGGUUAAAGUAUUAAAGAAUGGCUCAUGGUUCA